AUGGAAUCAUGUCACGUGCCUGCUCCCGAUGCACGUGUUGAAGCGAACAAGCAUUACUCUCAAGACACCACUCAUACUUUCUUAUAUUUCAUCGAUGUAGUUGUCAUGGAUAAGACAACUGUUCGUUUUUAUACGAAUAACAAAAAAAGUAAGCUUGCUCUUGGAAUUACCUCAUUCACCAAAAUUUUCUAUUCAUUCCGGACGAACAUAUGGAAGGUCAACGAGCGCAAACCAAGUGCAGCGCGAUACUUGCAGAUAAUUAAAGUGGAUAAUAGAGAUAGAGUGGAUAAUAGAGUUUUCGACACCACUUUUUUGCAUGUGUGUAGUGAGAAGAAGAGAAGCGACGUUUGGAAAUAG